UCCAGCAUGCGACUGCACUAUAGGGAACUCAGCACACCCCUCUGUGCAUAAUAUAAACAAACACAGUUAAGAAUAGACCCAGGUGAGACAUAUACAAAAGGAGAGAGCAUGGAAGAAAGGAUUACUCGGGCUGCGACUGCCAAGUUAAUGAAAAAAGCUUUUCUUGAAGCUCUAAAAUCAAAUGACUACAAAACGCUGGAAGAUAUUUUGAUACAAAAGCAAAUAGACGUGGACACAGUGUUUGAAGUGGAAGAUGAGAACCUGAUUUUGGCAUCAUACAAACAAGGAUAUUGGCUGCCUAGUUAUAAGUUAAAAUCAUCUUGGGCCACUGGACUGCACAUAUCAGCCCUGUAUGGAUACCUGGAGAGCCUCAUGGUACUGUUAAAUCACAAAGCAGCCAUCAACUACAAGCCAAAUGGGAAAGCUGCUAUCCACGUGGCAUGUGACGUGGCAAACGUCGAGUGUCUCACGAUCCUUUGCAACCAUGGAGCGAACGUUAACUGCUUUUCAAUGAGCGGCCACGCACCCUUACACUUCUGUACAACAAAGGCCUCUGUGCCUUGUGCCCAGCAGCUCAUUUGGAGAGGAGCAAAUGUGAACAUCACAACAAACAAUCAGGAUGAAGAGACUCCCCUGCACACAGCUGUACGUUUUGGCAUCCCUGAACUGGUGGCAUUUUACGUGGACCAAGGAGCAAAUGUUGAUGCUGUCAAUGCCCACAUGGAAACUCCACUGGCCUGUGCAGCUUACUGGGCCCUUCGCUUUAAAGAGCAGGUGUACAGCAUGGAACACCACCUAAUCUGUAGGAUGCUGUUAGACUAUAAAGCUGAAGUUAAUUCUCGUGAUGAAGAUUUUAAAUCACCACUCCACAAGGCUGCCUGGAACUGUGACCAUGUGCUGAUGCACGUACUGCUUGAGGCUGGGGCUGAAGCAAACCUGAUGGACAUCAAUGGCUGUGCCCCCAUACAAUAUGUUCUGAAAGUGACAUCCGUGCGCCCAGCUGCCCAGCCUGAAAUCUGCUACCAACUUUUACUGAAUCAUGGAGCAGCUAGAAUAUAUCCUCCACAGUUCCACAAGGUGUUGCAGGCCUGUCAUUCCCACCCGAAAGCCAUUGAGGUGGUCAUUAACUCAUACGAACAUGUCAAGUCAACAUCAAAGUGGAGAGCAGCUAUACCCGAUGACGUCUUUGAGAGGCACAGAGAUUUCUACGACUCUCUGUUCACCGUGUGCAGUAAUUCACCACGGUCGCUCCUGCAUUUAUCUAGAUGUGCUAUUAGACGAAUAUUGUUCAAAAGAUGCCACAAAGGAGUCCCUUCACUUUCCAUUCCACCUCCAUUGAAGAAGUACUUGCUUUUAGAACCAGAAGGAAUCAUUUAUUAAGUCUUAGCAAAGCAGACGGAUAGUACCUGCAAUCUCUGGGUCUGCACACAUGUGGAGGGAAUUACCAUCAGGGAGUUUUUACUAGGGAAAGUCGAAGUUCUUGGCAAAAUUCUUAUGCAAAGAAGGAUCUGGUUUCAUAAAUACCAAUGCCGAACUGCUCUCUCCAUUAUAUGUACUGAUCCUUUGUUCAAUCUAGUUUUAAAUUAACUGAACCAAGUGUGACUUCCACCACUUCACUUCGGUAAUGAUUCCACUGUCUAUUAGGUAUCACUGUUGAGAAUGUUUUCCAGAUAUCCAACACAAACUGCCCUUGAUAUUGUUUCAAUUUAGUUUUUUUCAACCAUCAUCUCAGGAAGAACAAAACAGGAUAGUGUCAGAAAAAUAUCUUUCUCAUCAGAGUCAGCUACAUCUUUCUCCAGAAAAAGAAAAAGAUCAAAGGGCUUUGAAUGAGGUCCAUAGACUGAGUUCUGUAUUUUAAGUUGUUUUCCUAUGGAUUGCCACUGAAUUGGAUGUUAGUUUAUUAUAUGCUGCAUUGCAUCAUAUCAUAUAAUGUUUUGUCAUUCACUGUAAUUACAUCAUUGUGCAAGUGGAGCAAAGAAGAGAUUAGCAGUGUUUACGUUCAUAUCUGUGUGUGAUGAAAUUCCUACUUGUGUGCGUAACGUGUAUCAGUCAGUAAACUUGCACGCUGCUGAAGAGUUCACCAUCACUGCUGAACUGCAUCAUAUGGUAACUGUGGAAGGUCACCAUUUCAGCUCAGCCCACAGCUCAUAAAUUCAGGUCCUAGAGAGGAAUCUGGAGAAAUUGCUGAGCUGAUGGUACUGCAGAUCUUUUUACUAGCUGUAUCUCUUGUUUGUCCACAUCAGGCCAGAUCCUGCAUGGUACCGAAGAAGAGUACCUGGUAAAAAAAACACAGGUAAAAAGAGUAGGUCUGGGGCACAGAGAACCUGAUUCUGAGGUAAUGAGUGAUGCUGUAUCCUGCCUAAUAGCAGAAAAAAGGCGUAGGAGGGGAAUGCAUAGCAAAGUGUCCUUUUAGUAUGAUGAGAAUCAUGCAUAAGCCCAUGUCUCCUCAGAGAAUGGUGAGAGAGAGCAGCCAUAUAGGGGGCUUGAGUCUUAGCGCCACAUAGGAUUUGUCUACACUGCAAUUAAAAACCAGCGGCUGACCUGUGCCCGCUGACUCAGGCUUACUGGGUUAGGACUGGUUCAUUGCAGGGUAGAUGUUCGGGCUGGACCCUCUGAGGAGGGAAGCCCCAGAGCACAGGCUGCAACCUGAGCCUGAAUGUCUACACCUCAGCUAAACAGCCCCACAGCCUGAGCCCCACGAGCCUGAGUCAGCUGUCAUGGGCCAGCUGUGGGUGUUUAACUGCAGUGCAGACCUACCUCAGUGUGCCUUACUAUGCCUAGCACUUCAAUUCAGAUGCACCCCUGAAGAGCAACAGCUUACCACAGCCUGCUGUGCGCCGAUGACAAGAACGUACUGGAUCAACCCUGAAAAGUAAAGCAGAAUGAUUACAGCACGCUUGGUUCCUUCUUAUUUAGCCUGAGUAAUAGGAGUUGCAUUUCAGUCAGAGAGGUGGUAUGGUCUGAGAGGUGAGGUGCCUCCAUUUUAUUACUGGCUCUGCUACUGAGGUUUUGUCUAAUCCUGGUCUGGUCACUUAUCUCCCCUAUGCUUCAGUUUCUCCAUCAAUAUAAAAGGGGCAACAAUCCCUCACUCACCAGGUGUGAUAGAUUAUGCCCCUUAGGAAGCCACCUGAUGUGCUGAGAUACCACUGAGUCUACCUGUUCUGCCAGCAUGGGCCUCCUUUAACCUGUCUUGCUGAGCCAGGCUAUUAAAGCCUCCUCCAGCACACACA